GUCCGUCAAUGGGACAUCACUAGAAAUGUCAAAAGUUUAAAAACAAUUUUCGGGAUUCACCGACAAAUAAAAUGAAUUCGUUUAUUUCAUAUUUAAAUAUAGGGUAGGUUGUGAAUGGAUAACGAUACCUGAUUACGGGAAAGAGUAUUUCAACUUGUGCUGUGGUCUGGAGGCUACAGAUUGGAUUAACACUGUGGAAAUUGGUUGUAAAGUGCUGAAGACCAUUUUGGUUUCAAGUUUCUUCGUAAAACUUCGUAACUGAGUGCAGAAUGGAAGAUGAGGAGCAGAAAGUAUGUCCUAACUGCAAGCGAGAGAUCCCAGCGGUGAACUUCACGAUCCACACGGUUCAUUGUGCACGUAACAUCCGCGUGUGCCCGGUGUGCAAGGAGCCUGUGCCUCAGAAUGAGCUUGAGGAGCAUCAUGAGAAGUUGCAUAAAUUAUUGCCAUGCAAGCAGUGUGGGGAGAAGGUCUGUGGAACAGACCUGGAAGACCACAUCAGGGACUCAUGUGCACAUACCAUCAAGUCUUGCAGGUUCUGCGAGCUGGAGCUCCCUCGGCGCGAGCUCCCAGCGCACGAGAGCUAUUGCGGGGUGCGCACGGAGCAGUGCCCGGAGUGCCGCGAGUGGGUCAUGAUCAAGUACCGCCAGCUGCACCUCGACUCCAACCACGGGUUCUUGAGACUCGACGAUGAUCCUGUACCCCAACCGAAGAGGGAACUUCCUAAAGCGACCAACAUAAAACCUAUGAACGUUCCAAAACCUACAAAUAUCCCAUUACCAUCCACUAGCAACGGUGUGACUCGACCUGCAAACUUUGUUAAGAACACAAACAUUUUACAAGAUCAACCGAAGACGCAGAUCAGAUAUCUCGGCUCAUCUAACGCUGGUCCUUCUACGUCCAGUGGUUUGGCAGAGACUACAGUGGCCAAUGUAUCUAGAGCUCAGACACAUAAUGUGUUGAAUGGAAAUGGUAACAAUAUAAAUAAAGCUCCAUUGAAGAGGACGAAUGACCAGCCCCAGAUCAACACGGCUGUCGCGGCAGUUAACAAAAUCGAUAAGGAAUUGGCUGUGUCCCGUGGCGCGGUGAAGAAGCGUCCGGCGCCGAAGCCCCCGGCGCGCGAGCCGCCCACGGCGGAGCCCCGCCGCGACCUGCCCUACCACAGCGCGCUGCAGCGGCACCGCCUCGAGGAGGCCCAGAGGCACGAGCAGAACGCCUACAACGCGGCUCACGGUCUGCCGCCAGUACUAACAGCCGCCGAAAAGAUAGAGAAACUCCGCAAGAUGGACGCUUUACAGAACAGGCCGGUGGAGGAAGUCGACUACAAGAACCGACUACAGGGACGGGUGUGGAUGGACCGUACUGCUGCACCUGCGGGUCAAAUGUUAGGCGCUUCAAGUUUACAUGACGACCAUGAAAACACGCAUUUAGAAGUGGACCGCCGCCGCAACAGGGCCAACCCGAGGAACGUGAAUGAGGUGCGGAACGACUUGCAGGACCUGAAGCCGAUGACCCCUGAACAGUUCAUGGACCGGUUCAAGGAGCUGCAGCUGCGGAGGGAGGACCGUAAUGAGGGCGCCGACAGGUUCAGCGAGAUCAAGUCCUCUCUCAGGGAGUUGAGAAGAGGACUGAAUGAGGUUACAGCACCUUACAACGCUAACAAUGCGAAUGUCGCAAAUAACGGUGAAAGGAGGGCGCGCGCCUCCCCCCUGCCCCCCGACGAGGAGGACGUGCCCCUGCCGUGCGAGUUCUGCGGAGCACCCGUGCCCGCCAGCACCCUGGUGCAGCAUCAGACGGGCUGCCGGCCCGACCUGGCGCAGUACCGGCCUCACAGCCCUUCCCCGCGAAGCGCUUCGCCCGCCAACUACGAGGAUCCCGUCAUCCCGUGCGAGUUCUGUACCGAGUCGCUGCCCGUCUACUUGAUUAGCGAACAUCAGGAACGCUGCGGCCGAGACGCGAACUUACUGUAUCCAGACUGAACAGUCUUCCUUCGUGUUUACUGAACUAUCCUCAGACGUAGUAACCUAUAUCCAAUGGUCUGUAGUUGAUAAUUAUUGAGCCCCGUACCAUACGAGCGAAGAUACUAUAAUGUUUUGUCUUAAGAUAACGCUGAAGUAAAAAAAAUACACAAAAUGGGAUGCGAAAAUGUUCCGUAGCAUUUUUGUUUUCUUCUGACUUCCGCGGUCAAUGAUAUGUUCGGAGUUUAUAAAAAAACGCUGAAAGGAGCCGGGACUAAACGCUUUACGCUUAGGGUUCAAAUCAAAUCAAAAUUAAAAUAAUUUAAUUGCAAUAUAAAGGUUUUCAAUAAAAUUCAGCAAGAUGACACACUUCACCACAAAAAUUUAAAAUUUCAAGAAUUGUCCCAUUUGGUUGAACCGCACUUUCAUAUGCAUCUAUCCAUUUCUGUCACUCAAAACCGUCAUUCGCUAGAGUGAGAUAACGCGAAGCCGGGUUAUAUAUCGCUAGGUUUAAGAUAAAAUAUUAUUGUAUCUUCUUCGCUAUCUCUAAAUGGGUUAUGCAUGUUAGAUAAAUUUUAACAAAAUAUAGGCUCGAAUGUGAUUCAAAUCUACGACAGUUUCUCUAGCAAUGAACGCUCAAAUCGUUUUUCAUCAAUGAGGGUAAAAACUACUUAUCUCUCUCAUCAGGUGUCGCUACUGUUGAGUGUUCUUUGACAGUUCCCUAUACUAUUUGAGUAAACAAACAUAUUGAUUUGGUUAUAUUUUUACACUAUAACCCUUUGCGCAGCGUUUAACUGCAAAAUCAUAGUGUUAUAUGUAUUCCCUAAAGAUCGGAAAGAAGAAAACUUAGUAAAACUUAUUUUCAAUCCAAACUGCCUUUUUCCAACUGUCUGCUUUUAUUUUUCGUUACUCAUCCUUCAUACGGGAUACACUCCACGUUGCUUCACAUUUUAUAUCAAUUUAUCACGAAUUUUAGCUGGACAGUAUGGAGAACUGUCAAAAUUUAGGAACACUCAACAGUGCUGCCACCUACUAUUGACGACAGGUCGACAUGGCAAUCGGGGCAUGAGCGAAAAACCUGUCCAGAACCUUGAAAAUGAA